AUGCUACACUCUCCCGAGAGCCGUUUCUUGUGGCAUUUCUUCCUCAACGUUACCGAAGAUGGACUCCUGUGUUGUGAUCUGGAGCCGAUGAAGAGUAAGGGCUUGCAGGACCCCUAUAUUGCUGUAUUGCCACAGCUCGCCCUUUCCAAUGCCAACCUCCGGAAGGCUGUUCUCUGCUUUGGUGCUUCUCAGUAUAGGGCGCUCGGGAGGGAUGACAAAUACUCGUCGAUGGUCGUGAAAUUUUCCCGAGAGUCGUCCUUUUCCUUCGUCCGCGAGGCGACGAGCGUCAUGCCCGAUGAGCGAGACACCCUCGCUACAAUCGCCGCUGGCGUCUUUCUUCACUACUUCAGCCUUGAUCGCCGGACGCCAUAUCUACACCUGUCAACGUGGCUCGCAUCGAAAUUGCUUUCGCGCCCAACCAAGUCUGCCAAUAUCCGUCACAUCUCUAACGAGGAAAUCUUGACUUUAUUGCGUUGGAGUGUGAUCUCCUCCGCAUGCUCGUUGGGAUUGUCACAGACGUAUCUCUCAUUGGAGAACUUCCGCAUGAUUCAGCUACUAGAAGAGGAAGUCGGCUUGAACCUUUCGAGCCACUCUUCGGUCUUCAAGGACUGGGUCAACCAUCCCCUGUAUGCCUUCUCCUCACGACUCGUCAACCCGCUGCUCCUGAUGAGCAAACUUAUUCAGCAGACGAUGCUGAUGGACACGGGCCAAGGAAUGCCGGAAGACCACGCCGCCCAAUAUGAACAAGAGGUUCUGGAGGUCGAUGAAGGCCUGGCCCACGCUCGGAGGGAAGAUCUGCGGCUUUUGAAUAGUCUGAAUCCCACUGACCCGGAUCCACUGAUUUGUGUCAAUGAAUCCAUGCAUGCUGCGGCAUCCAUACUGCUGCACUCUCGCCUGAAGGGGUUCCCUUCUACAGCCCCUAUCAUUCGCUCCAACGUAGACAUUAUCGUGAACCAACUCUCAGAUAUAGCAGGAGACUCCAGGGCCCUGUUCGCAGUUGUAUUUCCACUCUUCACAGCAGGAUGCGAGGCCGUUGAUUCACACGCCCGGAAAAUGAUCGAGCUCAUGUUGCAAUCCCCCAAGGGGCUGGCAUUUCACCGUGGUGAUCUGGUGGCGGCGUUACAACAUAUAUGGCAGAUACGUGAUCUGGAGCCAGGUCUUCCGUGGCCAUCCUGGAGACAUCGAGAUCAAAUCUGCUGCGGCAAGAGCAGUGACCUCAGCAUUCGUGUCAUACGCAGGAGCCAACUCCACAAUAUCAGCUCCCGCCAGGUUGAGAUCGGAAAGCCCGCGGAGAACAGCUCUCAUUUCCCUUCUUGUCGUCCACCCUCCUGUCUCCGGCGUACCGGUAGCAGGCGCAAAGGCAGGGUCAAGGGUGUCGAUAUCCAUGGAAAUGUAAGUAUGGUGCUUUGUGCCGACUCAGCUCUUGAUCCUCUCAAUGAUACCUUGAACACCGAGCACAUCUAUCUCGCGGGCUUCGAUACGAAAGAAACCGCAUUUAUCGUCAGCGUCGAAGUCGUCCAGGCUCCGCAAGGUUGUUCACAGCCUUGCAUGGAUAUUAGUGUCGUUGGAAAGAAGACCCUCUUUGCUUGCCAGAUAGAAAAAGCUGCCGUGGGUAACAAUAGCUUCUUUUGA